UUUUUUUUCUCUUUUGUUUUCGCGCCACCUUUCUUUGUUUCGCACUUUGACACUUGUGCUGGAGCUCGUUCAGUCUUCCUCUUCACCUCUUCACCUCUUACAUCCCCGAGAUCACCCGAAAAACCAUCAUUUUACAGUACAGACACGCCCCGUGCCCCAUCACUCCACCCCCAUCUCAGAGUGAAAUCGGUAAACGCCCAGCACAGCCAGGCAUCAUGAGACCCCAGACAUCUGCAUUUCUGAGAGCACUGUGUUUGCUCCUCUCUAUGACUCCUGUUUUCUGUGAAACAGCUACCCUGAACACAACACACAGCCUGGAUACAAACACGAGUUCGACUGAAAGUGUGUCUCCUACGGCCGUACUCUCCCCCACCGUCACCGUCACCGUCACCACGAAAGCUCAAGACAAGUCCACAAUCAGCAUCAAGUCCACAACACCCCAAAAAUCCACACAAAGCCCAAAAAGCACAAAGGUCACUCCAGCUACUCCCACGCCCCAUUCACAUGUUGGAACUGUGGUGUGCUUGAUCCUCUUCUUCUGCUUCUUAGUAGCACUGUGCGUCUGUGCGUAUAAAUGGUACGUUCACAACGGACGGCCAACGUUCCCAGAAAUUCGGAGACGCAUAGCAGAAAGCGCAAGGAACGCCUGGGCAGUGGCUGUGGCGUGUCUGACAUCAUCAUCGCCCAAAGCAGAGGAGGAGGAGAUAGAGGCAGGAAUAACAGAGGCAGAAGAACAGAAAAAGCAAGGAGACGACGAAGACGACGACGUGUCAGACGAUUACUCGAGCAUCGAUGGCACAGCAGCGAUGAGACCGAACAAGGACGAAGAAGAGGAUGGGCGGAGCGAUGAAAGUGAAGACGAUAUGACGUCAGUCGAGCUCAAGGAUGAGAAGACGGAGCCAGAGAAGAACGAUCUUACGGUGCUGUGAAACAAGAUGCUGGUAGCACUAGAUUAGAUUCAUACAUUGGAUUUUAAAUUUGUGUAAAUUUAUUCUAAUUCAUUUGUAUGAAGUAUAUUUUUUUCCUCCCAAAUUAACAAAUAUCAGUUUUAGCUGUAUGUGAGCACCUUUAAGAAUUAUAUUUCAGACCCCAGUUUUUUGUGUCAUGGAUUUAUUAUUAUUUUUUUUUUAAAGGAGUUUCCCCAAAUUUGAGCAAAAGGAACAAAAAACAAAAAAACAAAAAACAACCAAAAACCUAAAUUAAAACAAUUGCAUUUAAUACAUCUCAAUCAAAUGUAUUAAUCAUAUAUUAAGUCUCUUUUACACUCCUGUAAAUAAAAUAAACUUGGGACGACACUUUUUUGCUCUUUAGUUCCAUUUCCUGCGGAAAAAAAAAAAUUCUUCCACAUGCGGUCACAUGAUCCAAAAGCUUUCCAGAAAUAAAUGUAAUUUAAUCAGUCAGUAUGAACACAUUCCAAUCAGUACCAACAUGCUCAAGAUGCUUCUUUUCUCUCCUCUCGUUGUCGUGUCAUGAUGCUUUGGUUUGCGCUGCGCGAGAGAGAGAGAGAGAGAGAGAGAGAGAGAGAGAGAGAGAGAGAGAGAGAGAGAGA